CCCUCUUUCCUGUCGAUCAUCAACACUCACCUCUUCCCUGCUUUGGCACUGUCACUCGUUCUUGGGUGUGCUUGAAGAAUACCCCACCAUACGACAGCAUCUACUGCUGCUCGCCUUAGACUAUUGAUUACACCUGGGCAUUGCCACAGGUCCAUCACUUCCACACAUGUCUUCAUACAACAACGAGAAGUACGCCGGUGAUGUCGAUGGUGAUCGCAUCGAACCUCACAACCCUUUCGCUACACCGGGAGCGCAGACACCAAACACCCUCACACCUCGCGCAUCCAACCACAACUCGAGGUCCGCCAGCAGAGACGGCUCAAGCACUGGCUACCGCGGUGGCAAUGACUACAACUAUUUCCGUUCCCGACGAGUGAAGAAGGGCGAGGUUGAGAAGCCUUGGCUCGAAAGGAAAGACCCAAGGGAGAAGUGGGUCACUAUCAUCCCCAUCGCUGGUCUCGUCCUGGGUUUCAUUGUUACUGGCAUUUUGAUCUGGGACGGCAUUCGCAGUGUUGCGGUCCACAAGUACUGUGAGGUCUACACCGAUGAUUUCUCAUCGUGGAACGACAAGGUCUGGACCAAGGAAGUUGAAGUCGGAGGCUAUGGUAACGGCCAGUUCGAGCAGACCACCAACACCGACGAGAACGUCUUCCUCAAGGAUGGCGUUCUCGUCAUCAAGCCCACCCUGCAGGAUGAGAGCUUGAUCAACAAUGACAACAUUCUUGAUCUUUCCGGACAGGGCUGCACUGGUACCAAGUGGACCGACUGCGUUGUAGCCACCAACACCACCAACGGUACAAUUAUCAACCCUGUCAAGUCUGGUCGCGUCAGCACCAAGAUUGGUGCUUCCAUCAAGUAUGGCCGCAUCGAGGUUGAGGCCAAGCUUCCCGAGGGUGACUGGCUCUGGCCCGCAAUCUGGAUGUUGCCCAAGGACAAUGUCUACGGCGACUGGCCCCGCUCCGGUGAGAUCGACAUUAUGGAAUCUCGCGGAAACAACUACACCUAUGCCCAGGGCGGAAACAACAUUGCGUCCAGCACUCUUCACUUUGGUCCCAACGCUGCCAACGAUGGUUGGUGGCGCAACAACGUCAAACGCAAGGCUCUCCACACUACCUACUCUGCCGGCUACAACACCUUCGGUGUCGAAUGGUCCGAGAAGUACAUCUUCACCUACAUCAAUACUCGCCUUCUCCAGGUCAUGUACACCCACUUCGAUGAGCCCUUCUUUGAGUAUGGUCGCUUCCCCCUUGCCGACAGCAACGGCACCCGUCUGGACAACCCUUGGGCUGCCACUGGAAGCAAUGGGUCGCCCUUUGACCAAGACUUCUACCUCAUCCUCAACGUCGCUGUUGGGGGAACUAACGGUUGGUUUGAGGAUGGGAAGUCUGGCAAGCCAUGGCUCGAUGGCUCAAAGACUGCUAAGAAGGACUUCUGGCAGGCCAAGGAUCAGUGGUACCCUACAUGGGAGAAGAACGGCCAGAUGGAGGUCAAGAGUGUGAAGAUGUUCCAGCAAUCCGGCUACAACGGUUGCAGCGCGUAACGCCGAGGUGCACGAGACUUGAUGUAAGAGGCGUUCGGAGUUCGGGUGGCUUAAACGGCGAUCGACAGGAACAGUCGCGCUGCGCUGUGGACAACAGCUACGAUACACCAUAGACAUAAUAAUUUCUAUUCAUCAAUUUGAUCAUCUCCAAUGCCGCAUGCCAUCCAUUGCAAAGUGUUGAUCCA